UUUUACUAUACUUAUACUAUAUAUAUAUAUAUUGUUAUUUAGAAUUAUAUUAUUUAUUGAAGACAUGUGAAUUAACAAUUUCUAAAUUCUAAUUACCUGGCCUGCACUCUAGAUUAUUGACAUUAACCACGUUUUAGAAUAUUUAAAUUCCUUUUAUUUCUUCCAAUUAUGACUGAAAAGUGUGUAAUGGACGUCAAGAGAAAUGAAGCUUUAGAAAAAGACACCUUGUUAUUUCCAUGCUUCCAGAUUUCUAAUGAUGUAAAGUUGAAAGACGUUCCAAGUACUGGGGAGGAAUAUUUAUUAGCAGUUAUAAACGAAAGACGUAACUGUCAAAUGGUGACAAAAUGUAAAAUAGACUGUUCAAAGUUUGCUCAGAAUCAGUCUGAAUUUGUAAAAGAGAUUCCUCAUCCAAAAGCACCUGACCACUUAAAGCCAACUAUUGAAUGGCAAAACAUACAAGUCGCAGAUUUUUCUGAUAUCAGAUUAUAUAUUUCACGGCUACUUGAUAAAAGGUCUCACUGGCCUAAAAUAAGAAAACUAAAAGUGAAUCCUGUUAAUGAAGUAUGGAUCAAUUUUUUUGAAAGUCAUGAGCCUACCUUGUCAUGUAUUCUAGGUAUUAAUUACAAAAUUUUAGAUAUAGGCUUGGAAUUUUUGAUUGAGUCUUUGAAUGCUAUUAAACCUGGAAGCACUAUUCCAUAUAACACAGGUCAAUGGAUCUAUGCUAUAUUGGCUUGUACAAGACAACCUUUACUACCAAAUACAGUUAGUAUAUUAAGAAACUUAGCAAGAAGAUGUGCUGCAGUCAGAUCACAUAUUAAUCCAGAAGAAGAAAAUUCAAAGGAACUAGUUACUCCCUUUAAUGUUUUUAUUUGUUUAGUUUCUCGGUACUUUGGUCAAUUUGAUUUAGCUGACUGACUUUCUUUAAGGAAUUCUAUGAAUAAAUGAUUUUUUUUGUGGAUUUUACUAUUUUCUAUGAAUCUUGAAUGAAAGUUUCUUCUAUGAAAGUUGCAAUUAGAGCCAUUUUAGAUGAGCACUUUAUGUAAACAUUAUAACAUAUUACAUUUAUUACAUAUUUUAUGACAUAAAAAAGUAAAUGUUCUUAGUCAAUAGUCAAUAAUAACAAUGCAUUAUUUUUAAAUUUAUAAUAAAUAAUGAGGUCAUACA